AUGCAUGACCAUGAUAAUAAUGCUGAACACAGAGCAUGUCUGCGCAAAUAUUUAGGACGAAGUAAUUUAUCCCUAAGAAUUGAUUCAAAAUUAAAAAUUCAAUAUCAAGAAGAGGUGCAGUAUGGGAAAAACGUGUUGCUCAGGGUUGUAGAAGUUGUUAAAUUUUUAUCUUCCAGAGGGCUUCCUUUUCACGGAGAGAAUGAAAUUUUAGGUUCAACCAACAAUGGAAACUUUCUUGGGUGCAUAGAAUUUUUAUGUAAAUUUGACCCAUUUAUAGCUGAUCAUGUAGCCCGAUUCGGAAAUAAAGGUAAGGGAGUGCCUUCAUACUUAUCUUCCACAACGGUAGAUGAGUUUGUUUUACUUUUAGCAGACCAUGUGAAAACUAAAAUUGUGACAGGGAUAAAAUUGGCAAAGUAUUUUUCUAUUAUUGUCGAUUCUACUCCGGAUGUAUCGAAUGUGGACCAAUUGACAUUUGUUGUUCGUUAUGUUGCAACUGAUGGAUCACCUAAUGAACGUUUUCUAACAUUUAUUCCAAAUUGUGGACACACAGGUGAAUACAUGGAAAAAGCUGUGGUUUCUAUGCUUGAAACUCUAGAUAUAAAUAUAAAUGACUGCAGAGGACAAAGUUACGACAACGCUUACAAUAUGUCAGGUUGCUACAAAGGACUGCAAAACAGAAUUAAAGAGCUUAAUCCAUUAGCGCACUAUGUUCCUUGUGCAGGCCAUUCACUACAGUUAGUAGGCUCUGCAACAGCUGGAAGUAGCCGAAAUUCUACAAAAUUUUUGCUCUAG